AUGAGAGAUCAAAUUUUUUGUAGUGCGGAUUUAGCUUAUGAACAAGAUUUGCAAUGCAUGACUGCAAUAGUACGAGAAGUGCGAAGAUGCUUUUGCACUGGAUGUAAAUGGGGAAAAAACGACGAUGUGAUCUUUCUGGUGAAGCCGGAGGGCAAACUAUGCAAUACAAAUUUCCCGUAGGUACAUGUACAAGAUGCAUCACAAAUUCUACCAAUUUGGAGCCGUCGAAAACUUGUCAUGCUAAACUAGGAGCGAAGCCAAGUUUUGUCAUGCAGAGACAUCCUCCGCACUUGUACGUCGUGUACGGGAUGAUAUUUACAGUGGAUACGAACGAAAAGGCAAAGGGAAAGCGGACUUCUCCUACUGGAAAUCGUCCAUCUACAAGGAUCCAGCAGACUGGAUUACUAAUCUUCCCUGGGGUUUUGGCUUUGAGUACAAGUGUGACGACUACUUGAUUACACGCAAACGGUAUGGAGAGCCGGAAGGCGACCAAGAAGAAAGGGACUUGACUGAGAAAAUAGAAUAUUAUCCAGAAGGUUCCGACGACCGAAGGCCGGAACAGAAAGGGGCGAACCUGGUGCGCAUUCAAUGGGAGGAGGCGGAGGAUUUCCUGGAUUUUGAUUUCCUCAACACCGGCGGCGGAGCCGUCACACUGUCGUUUUACGAUUGCUCCGAGGGUGGGCCGGAGGUGACGACCAAGGCGCCGACUACGAAGAAGCCGACCGCUAUGGGAGUGUCCGGAUUGAAAUCGACAGAGUUGAAACGAAUUGCAAUGCAUAAAACGGAUAGUACCAGUUGGUGCCUAGUUUCUUUUCAAGUGGCGCAUGACAAAUCUGGGCAGAACCAAAAUCCAGUUUGUAAUGCUGUUUGGGUAAGGAAGACGCCUUUUGUCAUUCUACUAGAGUAUCUGUAUUUCAACCCCUCGCCAGGCUUACCAUCUGCCUCCUUUGCCUACUCUGCAAGACAGGCAUUUUGUGGGUUGCAUUUUAUGCAUCGCAAACAAUUUCAACUUUGACGAUUUCAAUCCUGACGCUUCCAUAACCGCGACGAGGACCCAAGCGCCGACUACAACGAAGAAGCCGACCGCGACUACCCAGGCGCCGACCACUAUCCUGAGUAAAAACGUCCCCACCUCCCCCAGGGCUGUCAUGCAGAUUUCCUGUCACAGGAAGAUUUGUAAUGCGUAUCCAUCCGUCCCCAUGAGAGGCAACAUUUCCAGUCGUGUUUUGGACUUCGUGAUGAUCUAAACAGCAUGAGUAGAUGGAUUUGCGUUGCGGCUGUACUUGCUAAACUUCACUGCAAUUAUACAGUACUUAGAGACGAGCUUGUCAUGCUUGACUCCCAAAACUUCUCGAUUUGUCUUGCCAAAAGCCCAACUUGACUCUGGGCGGUCGGGGAGGACGUCUUUACAGUUGAUAACCACUAUCAAAUGCAAAAAUGUCUGGGUCUGGAAGAAUACGCGAUUUGUAAUGCAGGUUUUCCAUGCCCCAUGAGGUCUGGAAUGCAGGGUCUAGCAUGACGGAUUCUGCGAGAUCUCUAUCAUGCCUAUCCUGCAUGAGAAACUCCUUGUCACCUUGGUCAAAAAUGCACGGCUUUUGGUACUCAUGCAACACAGAUUGUUGCAUGAUCCAGAUUUAGCAUGACAAACAUGCAUUCUUCCAGACCCAUACAUUUUUACAUUUGAUAACCACGACCACGAAGCAAUUAUCCACGAUCACAAGCUCUACCACGACCUCGGCUUCGUGCACAGUAUGGGAAUGUCAGGAUCGAAAUUGACAAAAUCGAAAAAUUUGUGAUGCAUAAAAUGCAUGACGCGAAACGCGUGUGUUGCAGAGCAGGCAAGUGAGGCCGAUUGUAAGCCUGUUUGGGGUUAUAGCUCGAGCUGCUAAAGCAGCAUGAUAGAAUCAGUCUUCUUUGCCUAAACAGCAUUACAAACUGGAUUUGGGCACCACCAGAAUUUGUCAUGCGCCACUUAGAAACUGGGUUCGAACUGGAAUCCAUUUCAUGCAUGACAAAUCAUUUCGAUUUUGUCCAUUUCGAUUCUGACACUUCCAUACACAGCCCUGCUCGACUACAAGGACUAUGACUGCCGGGCUGCUCCGAAUUGCUGUCAAGAGCAAGACGGGUUCUACUGCUUCGAAAAGGACCAGUAUUGGGGAGGUUGCCUCCUCUAUGCGAGCUGUUAUCGCUACGAUAACGCCCGGAAACGGUACACGACAGAAAAAUUGAGUCCCAUCCUCGACACGGAUCGCUUAUGGAAGCGUCAGAAUGGAAUAAAUCGUCAAAGUUGAAAUAGUUUGCGAUGCAUAAAAUGCAAGGCAUGAAGUGCCUGUCUUGCCGGUUUGGCAAGUGAGGCAGAUUGUCAGCCUAUUUAGGGUUUGGGAUAGAGCUGCUGAAGGAGCAUGACUACAAAAGCAGUCUGUUGUGCCCAAACAGUAUGAGGUGCUCUGAAAAUUUGCCAUGCGCCGCUUAAAAAUUGGGCUUCCAACUGGUAUUCAUUUUAUGCAUGACAAAUCAUUUUAACUUUGUCGAUUUCAAACGUGACGCUUCCAUAUACUAACUCGAUUUCAAACGGGUGGAACACUCCAUAUCCAUCGCAAAUAUUACAAGUGCGGCCGGGUGGUCUGGAAAGCUGUCAUGCUAACGUCUACGUAUGAAUGGCAAAAUGACCUCUACUACUAGAGGCCUACGCAGCCAGCAGGCAUGACAGGUUCAUUUUGAAGAGCGGUCGUGUGGUGCGUCACGCUGAAGAAAGCGCGCGUGAGUAGAAACUACCGCGUUUUAUUUCCAUGACCAAAAACCAACGCUGAGAAUCUGCGACCAACAGCUAUCUAUGCGCACAUUACAAGGCCGAUAAAGAUGAAUACUAGGGGACGAGUUUUAAUAUUAAAACAGCACUACUACAACAAGUUUCUUGUCUUGCAUUCUUACUUUCGCAGACCACCCAGGCAAAAAAAUAUUUGCAGUUGAUAGUCUAUGGAUUGCAAAAAUGUCUGGGUCUGGAAGAUUUCGAGAUUUCUCAUGCUAGUUGGGCAUGACUCUGAACUCUGUAUUGCGUGGCCACGAAGACCUCCUCUUGUCUGUCAUGCAAAAACGAUGUUUCUCAUGCGGAAUACGCAACAGAGAGCCACGAGAAAAUCUGUCAUGCUUGGCGGUGCAUUACAAGGCGCUUUCUGUUCCCUGACAUGCAUCACAAGUUUCCAGACCCAGACAUUUUUACAUUUGAUAUAGUCACUGGGCGUGCAAAUGCCUGUCGGAGGAAUGUCAGUACUUCGAGAAGUACUACGCGACCUUCAGCGAUUCCUCCUUCCUGUAUGCUGAGUAAAAACGUCCCCACGGCAGAGUUGUCAUGCAAAUCUGCAUGCCAAAAGAGUUUCUCAUGCGGAGCCCCAUGAGAAGCAUUUUCUAGUCGUGUUUCGGAGUCUGUGACGCUAGAAUCAGCAUGAGACGCUAGAUCUGUGAUGCUGCUGAACUAGCGAAACAGGAUCACACUACGAGGGAAAACUUGUCAUGCGAAACAGCGAAAGCUGGUUGAUUUGUCUAGCAGAUUUCCCAUCUUGACUCUGGUGUGGGGACGUUUUUACUCAGGAUAUCCUGCAGCGUGACGCCAUCCGUCCUCCGCCCCCCUUUGUUCAACACAUCCCCGCCGAAGAUCAGGAAAAAGUACAGACCGCGGGGACUGAUGACGCUGCUGAAACUACGCCUGAAAAGGAGCUGGCGCCCGUCGAGCAGGAGAACCAGCAGGGGACGGUGCUUGUCUGAAAGGCUGAGCUUCGUUACAACUGUUAUUUUCAACGAGGAGACUUCAACUUUAUUCACGAAUGAGAUUGUACUUUGGCCGAUCUUCUCAUCGAAGGAAGCCCUUUUUUCAUUCUGAUUUUUUUUCUUUGCUAUAUCGGUAUCUUAUAUAUACCAUCUUGAUCUUCGUCCCAGCAGGGCCUAGUAAAAACAUUUUCACAUCUUAUUGCAUGUUGCACAAUGAGAUAAAUCCUGCAAAACUACAAACGAAAAAGCCUUUACAUUUUUUUUCAUUUUGAGCUUACUAUCUUGAUUUUGUUCCUCUCAUCCUCGUAUUUCAUGUUCAUACCCUCUUGGCACUGGGUCGACAUCGACUUCUUUCUCCGCCAAAUAAAAAAUCGUAACAAAGUCACAGAAGCUGAAGCUUUUCGCUUCGUCAGGGCCAACUUCUCGUCCCUGAGCGUUUUUUUACACUGUGCAAUCACUAGUGUUUUUUUUACGACAAGUAGAUGCCGCAAGUAGUCCAAGUUAAGAUUAUACGCAGCCCGUAUUUUCAGCUUGUCACUUUGAAGUAAUCCGCAACAAACAAAUAAAACCCCCACUGGUCCGUCGUGCAAAAACA